CGGGGCGGGGGUCGGUGCGUGCUGGCGCCGGGCAUCGCUGCCACCGCUGCACAGCCCCUGCCCGUGCCUGUGCCCGUGUCGACGUGCUGAGCGUCCGCCGAGGCUGCCCGGUGCCGGGCGGGCUGCGAGCGGGCCCCGGCGGCAAGGAGGAACGGACGGAGGCAGGGAGGGACACAGGGAAGGCGAACGGUUGCAAGCUGAAGGCCACCAUGCAGAAGAGCGUGCGGUACAACGAGGGGCACGCCCUGUACCUGGCGUUGCUGGCCCGCAAGGAAGGGACGAAGCGGGGCUACCUGAGCAAGAAGACGGCGGAGACCAACCGCUGGCACGAGAAGUGGUUCGCCCUCUAUCAAAAUGUGCUGUUCUACUUCGAGGGCGAACAGAGCGCCCGGCCCGCCGGCAUGUACAUGCUGGAGGGUUGCAACUGCGAGAGGGUGCCGGCUCCCAAGGGAUGCGCAACCGGCAGCGCUAAGGAUGCUGCGUUGGACAAGCAGCACUACUUUACUGUUCUUUUUGGCCAUGAAGGGCAGAAGCCACUGGAGCUCCGUUGUGAGGAUGAAGUUGAUGGAGAUGAAUGGGUAGAAGCAAUUCACCAAGCUAGUUAUUCAGAUAUUCUGAUUGAAAGGGAGGUGUUAAUGCAAAAGUACAUUCAUCUCGUCCAGAUUGUGGAGACUGAAAAGAUUGCAGCCAACCAGCUUCGACAUCAGCUUGAAGAUCAAGACACGGAAAUUGAACGACUUAAAUCUGAGAUUAUAGCUCUCAAUAAAACAAAAGAAAGAAUGCGUCCUUAUCAAGGCAACCAGGAAGAUGAGGAUCCAGAUAUAAAAAAAAUUAAAAAGGUCCAGAGCUUUAUGCGGGGCUGGUUAUGUAGAAGAAAAUGGAAAACUAUUGUCCAAGAUUAUAUUUGUUCUCCCCAUGCAGAAAGUAUGAGAAAAAGGAAUCAGAUAGUUUUUAACAUGGUGGAGGCUGAAACUGAAUAUGUGCAUCAACUUUAUGUUCUUGUGAACUGUUUUCUGAGGCCCUUAAGAAUGGCUGCAAGUUCAAAGAAGCCACCUAUCAGUCAUGAUGAUGUUAGUAGCAUUUUCCUCAACAGUGAAACAAUCAUGUUUCUUCACGAGAUAUUUCACCAAGGCUUAAAAGCAAGAAUAGCUAAUUGGCCUACCUUAAUCCUAGCUGACUUAUUUGACAUUCUGCUGCCAAUGUUGAACAUAUAUCAAGAAUUUGUUCGGAAUCAUCAAUAUAGUCUACAAGUGCUGGCAAAUUGUAAGCAAAACAGAGAUUUUGACAAACUCUUGAAGCAAUAUGAAGCCAACCCAGCAUGUGAGGGGCGAAUGCUGGAAACUUUCCUUACUUACCCCAUGUUUCAGAUUCCUAGAUAUAUUAUAACACUUCACGAACUUCUGGCUCACACACCACAUGAACAUGUUGAAAGAAAAAGCCUUGAAUUUGCUAAAUCCAAAUUAGAAGAACUUUCAAGGGUGAUGCAUGAUGAAGUUAGUGACACAGAAAACAUCCGGAAGAAUCUAGCCAUAGAAAGAACUAUAGUAGAAGGCUGUGAUAUAUUGCUAGACACCAGUCAGACUUUUAUACGCCAAGGUUCCCUUAUUCAAGUCCCUUCAGUUGAGAGGGGAAAACUGAGUAAAGUUCGUCUGGGAUCAUUAUCUUUGAAGAAAGAAGGAGAAAGGCAGUGCUUCUUAUUUACAAAACAUUUUUUAAUUUGUACAAGAAGUUCAGGAGGAAAACUGCAUCUUCUCAAGACAGGAGGUGUUCUAUCUUUAAUAGAGUGCACACUGAUUGAGGAGACGGAUGCAAGUGAUGACGAUUCAAAAAGUUCUGGACAAGUGUUUGGACACCUUGAUUUCAAACUUGUAGUUGAACCAACAGAUGCUCCUCCUUUUACUGUUGUCCUUUUAGCCCCAUCACGACAGGAGAAGGCUGCAUGGACAAGUGAUAUAAGUCAGUGCAUUGAUAAUAUAAGGUGCAAUGGUUUAAUGACCAUAGUGUUUGAAGAAAAUUCUAAAGUCACUGUGCCACAUAUGAUCAAAUCUGAUGCUCGUCUUCAUAGGGAUGAUAUUGAUAUCUGCUUCAGCAAAACACUGAAUUCCUGCAAAGUACCCCAAAUCCGUUAUGCAAGUGUCGAGCGCCUUUUGGAGCGGCUAACAGACUUGCGAUUUCUAAGUAUUGAUUUCCUGAACACUUUCCUACAUACUUACCGCAUAUUUACUACUGCAGCUGUUGUACUGGAAAAGCUUUCAGACAUAUACAGACGGCCCUUCACUUCCAUUCCUGUCAGGUCUUUGGAGUUAUUUUUUGCUACGAGUCAAAACAACAGAGGAGAGUACCUGGCUGAUGGGAAGUCACCACAUCUCUGUCGCAAAUUUUCUUCUCCUCCUCCACUGUCACUCUCCAGAACUUCCUCACCUGUCAGAACGCGGAAACUGUCAUUGACCUCACCACUGAAUUCAAGGAUCGGUGCACUCGACCUCUCUACUUCAUCUGUGGUGAGCAGUCCUACCUCGACUUACAGCCCAGCCACCUCACCACCACCAACAGGUAGCAAAGUACCACUGGACCUUAGCAAAGGGCCCUCAUCUCCUGAGCAAAGUCCUGGCUCCAUAGAGGACAACUUGGAGAACCCUCGCAUUGACCUCUGUAACAAGCUGAGGAGAAGCAUUCGAAGAGCAGCAGUUCUAGAAUCUGUGUCAGUGGACCGGACAAUUCCUGAAAGCACCUCAGCAGUGGAUACCGCAGAGCUUUCCCCAUGUAGAUCCCCUUCAACACCACGUCAUCUCCGCUAUCGUCAGCCAGGAGUACAAACUGCUGACAACAGCCACUGUACGGUUUCUCCUGCUUCUGCUUUUGCUAUUGCUACAGCUGCAGCAGGGCACGGAAGUCCACCAGGAUUUAACAAUUCAGAACGCAUAUGCGACAAAGAGUUCAUAAUACGAAGAGCAGCCACAAAUCGUGUCCUAAAUGUCUUGCGCCACUGGGUCUCCAAGCAUUCUCAGGAUUUUGAGUUGAACAAUGAGCUGAAAAUGAAUGUGUUAAAUUUACUUGAAGAAGUUUUGAGAGACCCUGAUCUUCUGCCACAAGAAAGGAAAGCUACUGCAAACAUACUGAGGGCUCUUUCUCAGGAUGAUCAAGAUGACAGUCAUUUAAAAAUAGAAGAUAUCAUUCAGAUGUCAGAUUGUCCAAAACCAGAGUGCUUUGAGACACUGUCAGCCAUGGAACUUGCGGAGCAAAUAACUCUUUUAGAUCACAUAGUUUUCCGAAGCAUACCCUAUGAAGAGUUUCUUGGGCAAGGCUGGAUGAAAGUGGAUAAAAAUGAGAAAACACCUUAUAUUAUGAAAACUAGUCAACAUUUUAAUGAUAUGAGUAACCUUGUUGCCUCUCAAAUAAUGAAUUAUGCCGAUGUCAGCUCCCGGGCUAACUCAAUUGAGAAGUGGGUAGCAGUAGCUGAUAUUUGUCGAUGUAUGCACAAUUACAAUGGUGUGUUAGAAAUCACAUCAGCCUUGAACAGAAGUGCAAUCUACAGACUUAAGAAAACUUGGAGUAAAGUAUCCAAACAGACAAAAGCUCUCAUGGACAAGCUUCAGAAGACUGUAUCAUCUGAAGGAAGAUUUAAAAACCUUAGAGAAACGCUCAAAAAUUGUAACCCACCUGCCGUUCCCUACCUUGGAAUGUACCUGACAGACCUGGCAUUUAUUGAAGAAGGAACACCAAACUUCACUGAGGAAGGCCUUGUCAAUUUUUCAAAAAUGAGAAUGAUCUCGCAUAUUAUCAGGGAAAUACGACAGUUCCAGCAGACCUCCUACCGCAUAGAGCAUCAGCAGAAGGUCACUCACUAUUUACUUGACAAGACACUCAUCAUAGAUGAAGAUACCUUGUAUGAGCUUUCGCUAAAGAUUGAACCCAGACUGCCUGCCUGAAGAUCCAACUUUGCCUCAGAGUCUACAGAAAGCUUUAGUACAAUGAACAAAAUCAUGCAUGCCAAGUCCUAAAGACAGCAAGGGAAAUAUUGAGAAGAAUGCAAGCUCUCUUUUCCCAUAAGAGAUACAGAACCUCACAGCAUUUCCCUCUCAGGCAACCAAAAUAAGCAUUGGAAGUGAAAUACAAAGAUGCUUCCUACCUGGAUUAAUGAUUGCUGCUUUGCAAAGAUAAUGUUUUGCAGAAGGGACUACGCAUUUAAUGGAAAAUGAAUGGGAGACUUUCCUGUGAAUGAAUACUCACUGUAGCCAUCUUAAGUGACAAAUUAAGGAGACAGAUUUAAAUGAUAGCAAUAUACUCUGGUAUAUUAAGAUGAGUGUGCGAAAUGUGAUGUCAACUGGGUUGAGGGCUAACUGUGUGUUCGCUAAGGCAGUCAUGGUAGUGGUGUCCUCAAUAUCGCGUUACCUUCAGUGAAAAAACAGGAUCUUUACAGUCAUCUACUAACUUGGAGUGAUAUCCAAUUUCUUCAGGUCUGCAGUUGUUCAAAAUACUUACUAUACAUUUAAUGUUACCUUUUAUAAAAUGUUAUCUUCUUUACAUGUCUUACCAGCCUUUUCUAAGGUGACUGGUUUUACCUAUAAAUUAAUUGUAAGUAUUUUCUCAUUAACACACAGUGAGAUUAUUUACAGCAUGGGAAGCAAAUGAACUAGCUGAAUAGCUGUAUAUAGUUGCCAGCCUUGCAAGCUUCAACUGGGAAGUACAAGGUUAGGAGCUAUACCAGAGACUUGAGAAAUCCAGACAUACAGUUGAUGGGAUGGUUAGUCAAGGCACUUUAUUUUUCUGCACGUCCUGAAGCUUCUCUGGAAUGUCAGGCUACAGAGCACUUUCCUGACACACUGUGGAGAGAAACACAUGUCUGGUCUGGCAGUGGGUAGCAAUCAGCAAUGAGCAUUAGGAGUUGGAGUGACAGUUUCAUUUUACAUGGAACUGGUGGUUUGAAAAACAUGUAUUUAUUCGUUCAGCCGUUUGGCACUGACUUAGCUCUAAAAUUGUUCACAUUAGUGGCAAACAUUGAAUGCCAGCAAACAGAAACUAUAUAUUUCUAUCUAAGCUAGGAAUUAUCAUUUACGUGUGGACAUAUGUUUAAGAAAAUGUGUUAUUUGCAAAUGUUUUCAAUGUCUAUGCUUUUGUGACAUACCAGGUAGAUAGAUGUAAUUUCUAUAGCUAGUUGCUAAUUCUUAAAUUUUCCUCAUCAAGAGUGGCCUGUUGUAGCUGCAUGGAAAGUGAGCUCAAAUGCAUGCUGUGGAGUGCAUCAUGCUAUAAAACACAGGUAUUAGCACUGUUGAAAAAAAUUGGCUGGAAAAGUGUCCUUACUUUUCCAAUGAUAUUCAGCCAGUUGAAGAAAUAGGGCUAUAUCACAGUAUACCUCCCUUAAAUUGUCUCAGGGAGACAUAUGUUUAAAAUAGAUUGUGACCUAGGCCUAUUUGAUCUGACAUUUCUUACCAUGGUCAUGAUGCUUCUUAAUGCUGGUGACGAAAACGGAUCUGCCUGGCUUGUGUUAGUCGUCUGUAUUUGCACUUUUAAUUAUACUGCCGGCCUGGCCCAGAGCUGCACAAUAAAUAACGUUCAUUCUGUCUGAGUGUAACUGCUAGCAUUUAUAAUUGUACCUUAGCAACUGUAAAUUUCAUUAAGGUUCUCCAGCCCAAGGACCAUCUCUUUGUAAAUAAUUGCAUGAGGAAACGUCAGAAAUGAUGGAAUUUCCUCAAUUAGAAAAGCAGAUGGCAACAGAAAAAUGAAGUUUCAGAAGCAUUUUAAAUAGUUCUGGCUAAUGAUUGCUGUAGUAAUGAACAUGCAAAGUGUUAUAGAAGCUUUUUAUUGUCAAAAAUGUGCUUGUUCUUUUCAGUGAUGACUGACAAGAAUCUGGUUGCAUCCCAGUGCAUGAUACAGGGGGUAAGGGAGGGGGUGAAGCAUGGUUUCUUUGGACCACAAAACCAACUUACUGUGCAUUUUCUGUACAAAAGUAGUUACCAUAUGGUAGUUUCAUAAAGCACUUUGAAGUGCUGAAGAAAUGGGGAAAAAGUGGUCCAAAAAGUGAUUUCUUGGUUUUAUUGUUUCUCUGUUACCAAGGAACAAUAUGUAACAACUGUCAGUUGACAUCUCUGUUGUAUGCUAUUAACUGCUGCUUUAUCUGCCUGUACCCGCCUGGACAUGUUCCCAUGUGACCUGAUCUAGGUGACUCUUCUUCUGCAGGGGGGUUGGACUAGAUGAUCUCUAAAGGUCCCUUCCAACCCCUACCAUUCUAUGAUUCUAUAAUUCUACCCCAUUUUACCAGACUUCCUUGAUGUUCUUAGGGUUACAAGGUACAAUUCUUCAUCUUACUCUUUUGACAGUUUGUUGUUUUGUACUUUAUAUAUAUGGUCCUUCAGAGUUUCAAAACAUUCAAUGCAUUUUGACGCUUGCAAUACAUGGGGGUGGUGCUGUGCUCUUGCUGCAGUAUUACAAAUGGAUAGAGAGGAGGAAAAAGGAUUAGACAUGGGAUUUUUCAAAGGUGUUGAGUUCAGCCCCUCUGGAAAAGCAUAUACAAUUUAUAUGCCAAAAGUUAUGUCUUGGGUCAGUGAUAUGAGGACAAUAGCAAAAAAAACCAAACAAAACAAGAUUAUAGUCACAGUAAUGUUUAAUUUGCUGAUGACUAAUGCUAAUCUUUUGGUUGAGGAUCCAAUCCAUCCAUUUAAAUACGGGCAUGCAUCUUUUUAUCCACAGCCCUAGCCAAUGUUGGAACUGUAACCAAAACUGGAAACAACUGUUCUGCAGAAGUCCUACACAGUGAGUGUAGAGUGGCGUAUCUGUCCCAGAGUUCAGCCUGUUGUGUACUUCACGUGUAGGCAGCCUGAGUUUUUCUGCUAUAGUACUGCUGCAGUGUUUGAGCUAUAGAAAUAGUAGGCAUCAGCAACCUGCUUUAUGUGAGGCUUUGCCUAGUAUAUCUAUGUAACUAGCUCAUGCAGUGAUCUCCCUGUACAGCACACAGGGAUUGUGGAGCUCCUUGCUACCAGCUGCUCUAUGCUACUCCACCACAACCAUAUAAUAUCUAAAGACAGAAAUCCCAGUGAUAAAACACCCACUAUUUACCUCUGGGGUUUUACAGAGGACGUCUCCAAGUAAGGACUUUGUCAUUUGGAUCAUACUGUCUUUUAGGAUCUGGUCCAUUAUAGCUUUUAAGCCAUGACAGCAGAGCAGACUUGCUUUUCUUGAGCUGAAAAAAAGCCCAGCUGAUUCAGGAUUCAUAAGAAAGAGGAGGGAUGAAGCGCCUGUCUACUUGCCUUUCUUAGCACAUCAGCCCAGCUGCGCCAGUCAGAUGCAACAGUGGUUCUCAUGUUGGAGGUGCUGCUCCCUUUGGCACUCUCCUAACAAAAACACCUCAAGGUGUAUGGGCUGGCUGACUGCAAUGGGGAUAGCAUAUUUUACCCACUGGUUCAGAGGUGGGUGUAUUUGCCAGCAAAGUCCGAGAGGAGUUUUGCAGUGUUUUUUUUAAUUGUAUAAGUAUCAGCCAGGAUUCAGCCCAUAGCUGUCUGGGAACCUGUGCAGCAGCACAGACAUGUCCCCUUCCAUGUGACAGAGAGCACUUGUCACAUGAUGAUAUGGGGUUAGAGUUGCCUUCACGCCAGCCUUCACUCCACCCCAUCCCGCUCCUCCCCCCUGUUAAAUUCUCCAGUAUUGUUAGUGAACUGAGCCUGUAAUUGGUCAUCACGUGCAAGAAAACAUAGAUCUGUUGAAUUUAGGUGGCAGUUAAGUGUAUAUGUUGUCCCUUUCUUUCAGCUAGUCCUGCAACACAUCAAUGCGUAGCUUAAUAGCGAGAGAUGAUACUGGGACUGAUCACCCUUAUUCAAAGUAAGGAAGAGGUCUGCACCCUCUUUCUGCUUUCCUAGUUCUUAAUACUGAUCAUUGUUCUGUAGAAUAAAAAGAAACUUCAAUAUUUAUUUAUUUACUUUAACCAUUGUGAUUUUGAUUUAUUCAUUAGCCCAAAUUUUCCUUCACAAUCAUUAUUUAUUUUAAGGGUUUUACAAAAACGUUACUUUAUUUUUAUUAAUAUUCAGUCUCUCCUCCUUUCACUCUUCUCAGCAACAUUAACUUAGAUAUAUGAAUUUAAAAUUCUUACUGAUAGAGACAUUUUUACCCACUCAUACUCGUUAUUCAUUAAGGGCAAAAUCCUUCAGACCUCAUUCUGAUAAUACUUUAGGCUUCACUGAGAGCUUUUCAUAAGUAAGUAUUUGGGGAUCUGGCUCUCAGCUAUUUGCCUGUUACGGUUUUUGCCUCCAAAGGUCAGAUGUCUCUGUGUAGGAUGCUUUGUGUCCAAUAUGCUGCUCAACUAUGGAUAUUUUGUUGUACCUUUACUUUUGAAAUAGUCUCUGAAAUUUUGUUCUGUAGGAAAAUUGAUGUAUGUUUAUUUGACAGAUGUAUCUAUAUCUAACAUGUUAUUUAGUGCACAAUCCAGAUGUUUUUGCAUGUAUUGUAACUUAUCUUUUGACCUGAGGUUGUUGCUUUGUAUUGUUAGUAAGGCAUAUCAGGCAGGGUGUUGUGCCUAUAUGCUAAUUAAACAUUCAUUUUUUUUCCUGA